CCGCCUGGCCCCGCCCCUCCCGGCCUCCCGCCUCCCUCGGUCACGUAGCUCUGCGGCACCGGCGCCGCCUUUACAGCCGCGCGCCAGAGCCGGCGCCGCACAAGCCGCGGAGGCAGCCCCGACGGCGGACGACGACAGCAGCCUCGCUCCACCGAGACACCCAUCACGAUGACCCACCAAUACCCCCCGCUGACUGCCGAGCAGAAGAAGGCGCUUUCGGACAUUGCCCAGCGGAUCGUGGCCCCGGGCAAGGGCAUCCUGGCCGCCGAUGAGUCUGUAGGCAGCAUGGCCAAGCGGCUGAACCAGAUCGGGGUGGAGAACACGGAGGAGAACCGGCGUCUCUACCGCCAGAUCCUCUUCAGCGCCGACAGCCGGGUCAAGACGUGCAUCGGGGGGGUCAUCUUCUUCCACGAGACCCUCUACCAGAAGGCCGACGACGGCACCCCCUUCGUGGACAUGGUCCGGGACAAGGGCCUCGUGGUGGGCAUUAAGGUGGACAAAGGGGUGGUGCCCCUGGCCGGCACGGAUGGAGAAACCACCACCCAAGGGCUGGACGGGCUGGCAGAGCGCUGUGCCCAGUACAAGAAAGACGGCGCAGACUUUGCCAAGUGGCGCUGUGUGCUGAAGAUCAGCGAGAACACCCCCUCCAGCCUGGCCAUCCUGGAGAACGCCAACGUGCUCGCCCGCUAUGCCAGCAUCUGCCAGCAGAACGGCAUUGUGCCCAUCGUGGAACCGGAGAUCCUGCCAGAUGGGGAGCACGACCUGAAGCGGUGCCAGUACGUGACUGAGAAGGUCCUGGCUGCCGUCUACAAGGCCCUGAGUGACCACCACAUCUACCUGGAAGGGACCCUCCUGAAGCCCAACAUGGUGACCCCCGGCCACGCCUGCCCCACCAAGUACAAUCCCGAAGAGAUCGCCAUGGCCACCGUCACUGCCCUGCGCCGGACCGUCCCGCCUGCCGUGCCAGGAAUCACCUUCCUGUCCGGCGGGCAGAGCGAGGAGGAGGCCUCCCUCAACCUCAACGCCAUCAACAACUGCCCGCUGCCCCGGCCGUGGGCCCUGACCUUCUCCUACGGCCGGGCACUGCAAGCCUCCGCGCUCAAUGCCUGGCGGGGCCAGCGGGAGAACGAGGAACUGGCCACGGAGGAGUUCCUCAAGCGAGCGGAGGUCAACGGUCAAGCAGCUCUCGGCAAGUACGAAGGCAGCGAUGACGGCUCCGGGGCGGCUGGACAAUCACUCUAUGUGGCCGACCACGCCUACUAGCCCGGGCUGAGGUCUCGGGGUCCCUGGCACCCCCACUGCUUUCCAUCCCGGCCCCCCUCCCCGUUACUCCCGGCUUUUUCUAGCGUAGCAGCAAAGAAGGCAGAGGAGGGUCCGAUGCUGGGCUGGGGGGGGGGGGAAUGUGAGCCUGCAAGUGAAGGGAGACUGGAGGAGAGCCCAGGCCUCCCUCACAGGGUGUAUGUGAGCAGGAAAGGCCCAGCAAGGAUCCAAAGUUGAUUGAGGCCUCCAAAAUUGGCCCCUUUUAAGACACGUGGACUUCAGCUCCCGGGGUUCUGUCCUCAAAGCUUUGCGGACUUCAACUCCCAGAAUUCUCUAGUCCACUUUAAGACCCGUGGACCUCUGGGAGUCGAAGUCCACAAGCCUUAAAGUUGUCCAGCUGGAGACCCCUGCGUCGGGAAAGGUUUUGUGUCAUUGCACAGAGGACGUGGGGGGGCCAAUCCAUUGCAGGGGUCUCCUCCACAGAGGAAUGAGGUUGGAGGGGGGGGGGUCCAGGAGAUUUGGGGUCAUUGCUGUGGUCAUAUCUACCCCACCCACCCCCCCUCGCCCUCCCUCCGACUCGCCUGCCUUCCGUUUCUUUGAGGACCAAUAACCAGCCUGUUUGGCUCCGCACUGUGAACUGUGGCUUUGUGAUGCAGCCUUUCUCCCCCGCAACAGCCCGGUCGGGGGGAGGGAGGGGGGAGCGCAUGGCUGCCCGACACUGCCCGUGUGUGUGCUCUCGACACCCGAUGUACCAGUAGCCCCCCCAACUAAUAAACCAGUAGAGGUUCUGUCACA